AUGACCUCUUCAUCGUCUUUUGAUAUUUUUGUCAAGUUGCUUCCGAGAGGCAUAGGAUCAAGAAGCCUUUCUUUUCUUUCGGGAGAAGGAACAAGUAAUACCGAUUCAUCAUCAACUUCCCCAAUGAUGGACGUAUUAAUUUCUCCUCCAAGAUUGUCGAACGUCUUGCGCGAAAAGACGAUUGGUAAUAAUUCAUUGCAAUUAUUUGAUGAAACAAAAUCAUAUUAUGAAUUAUUCCCGGCUAUCGAAAAUAAGAGAAAGAAAAACGCGGAAGAUGAUUUGGUAAAAUUUGGAUUAACUUGGGACAGUUUUGUGAAACCAAAAAUUUCCCUCUCUCAAAUUUCACAAAAAGUGAAUGCAAAUUUUGAUAAAAAGAUUGAAGAACAAAAUGGAAGAAAUUUAUUGGAACAUUUCUUGACAGCUAUUGAAGAAAACUUGCGCUUGGAUCAAGUGGCAUCUAACAAAUAUGGUGUUGCAAGCGGUUUAUCCAAAGGACAACUUGCUUGCCUUAUUGCUAAACAACUUUACAUUGCCAAGAGAAAAUUUAAACACAAUCUGAAUGUUAAAAGUGUGUUUAAGGAUUUUCAGAAUAUGGGCAUUGGUUUAACAUUAGAUCCUAAAUCUCAAAAACUUGUUCAAACUGUAAAAGAAGGGAAUGUUAUCAAAGUCCUCCAAUAUUUAGACAAGCUCGUUGAUUGGAUUGACAGAUUUGCAAAACCUGGAUUACAUGACGAAGAAGAACGAAGAUAUUCCAAACUUGAAAAAGUACUCAUCGGAACUGGUGAAUCGCAAAAUACUAACACCUAUUUCAUCAAAUCCGAGGGCGAGAAUGACGAUCUUGACCUUGAUGAAAAUGUAGAAUUCGGAUCAAUGGACGACGCCGAACACGCUGCACAUUUAUAUCAUCAAUUUAGACCUCUUUAUGUUUUCUCCAAGAGUCAACUUGAGAAUGUGUUGGAUCAAACGAACAUAUUUUCCUAUGUUGGUCAAGAUGAUGAGGAUAUUUAUGAAGAAAACGAAGAAGAAGAGGAAGAAGAACCAACCUCCAUGUACAGCAUGGAAUGGCUUGAAAAGGAAUGUAAAAAAGUUUGUAAAACAGCAGGAAUUGAAAACGCUGUGAUGGAACUUUUGCAGAAGAAGGGCCAAAACGAUGUUGAACUUCAAUCAAGACUUUUUGAUAUUCUUGGUGAAAAUGCUUUCGAGUUGAUGUCCAUAAUCAUUGAACACAAGUCAGAGCUUUUGAAAGAUUUUUACAAAAAGCAAAUGCAAGAACAUGCGAUUGAAGGAAUCAACUCUUUCUCUCAUGUCAAGAUGACCACUUCAAAAUUCAAGGAAGCGAAAAAGGGUUUGAGAAAAGAAGGAAAAAAACUUGGAAGAAAGCACCAAAAAAAAAUCAAUCUUUCUGGUGGCAGUGUUAAUUUGAAUGAACAACUUGAAUUGAAGGAAUUGUAUCAAAAAUUCAAGAAAGAAAAAGAUCGUACUAUUUUAAAGGAAGGAGAGGGCGAAGCAAGAGUUUUGAAAUUAGGAAGAGAUGUCAUUCCAGAAGAAAAGAAUGAAGCUGACAAGGAAACACAAGAACGUGUCAUUAGACAACCAACCUAUGAAGAACAUGUAUUUCCAGCUCCAAAACCACGAAAAGAUACUCAACCAUUGGUACCUAUCUCAAUCUUUGAAGAUUGGGCUCAACUUGCAUUCAAAGGAUAUACUCAUCUGAAUCGUGUACAAUCUGAUGUUUUCUACUCUGCUUACAAAACAUCAGAAAAUUUGCUAAUUUGUGCACCAACAGGUUGUGGUAAAACAAACGUUGCCAUGUUAACAAUAUUGAGAGAAAUUGGCCAACAUUUCAGAGGUGGUAAAAUUAGACGUGAAGAAUUUAAAAUUAUUUAUAUUGCACCUAUGAAGGCUUUGGCAGCUGAAAUGGUUGAGAACUUUUCAAAAAGACUUGCUCCCCUUGGUAUUGUAGUAAAAGAAAUGACUGGAGAUAUGCAACUUACCAAACAAGAGGUUCAACAGACUCAAAUGAUUGUCACAACUCCAGAGAAAUGGGAUGUUACUACAAGAAAGGCUACCGAUCAAGCACUCAUCCAACUCACUCGAUUAAUCAUUAUUGAUGAAGUUCAUUUAUUGAAUGAAGAUAGAGGCCCAGUCAUUGAAUCCAUUGUUGCAAGAACAUUAAGACAAAUGGAAACUACUCAAUCAUUAAUUCGAUUAGUUGGUCUUUCGGCUACAUUGCCAAAUUAUAUGGAUGUUGCUCAAUUCUUAAGAGUGAAUCCUCAUUCGGGCUUGCACUGGUUUGACGGAUCAUAUAGGCCUGUACCACUUGAACAGAGUUUUAUUGGAGUUAGUUUAAGAAAUCCAAUUCAGAGAAGUCAGGAAUAUAACAACAUUGCUUACAAUAGAACUCUCAAGAACUUAAAGAAACAAAAACAAGUCAUGGUAUUUGUACACUCAAGAAAAGAAACCUCAACUACUGCAAAGGCAUUGUUAGAUUUAGCAAUGCAAGAAGGUACAACAGAAUUUUUCACUCAAGGAGUACCUGAGAAUGAGCAUACAAAGAAAUGGGUAACCAAAGCUUUAGAGAAAUGUCAUAAUAGAGAAUUGAAGGAGUUAGUUCCAAAAGGUCUUGGUAUUCACCAUGCUGGUUUAGUGAGAUCGGACCGAAAUCUUGUUGAGAAAUUAUUUGCUGAAGGUGUUAUUAGAGUUCUCUGUUGUACAUCAACACUUGCUUGGGGUGUAAAUUUACCUUCCUAUUGCUGUAUUAUCAAAGGAACAGAAGUUUACAAUGCAGAAAAAGGUCAAAUGACUGAACUUGGAAUGUUGGAUAUUAUGCAAAUUUUCGGUCGUGCUGGUAGACCUCAAUUUGAUGUUGAAGGUGAAGGUGUGAUUAUUACAAGCUAUGAUCAAUUGCCACGAUAUUUGAACUUACUCAAACGUAAUUUACCAAUUGAAUCACAAAUGACACAAGAUUUAGCAAAUCAUUUAUGUGCAGAAAUUGUUUUAGGUACCGUAUCUAAUGUGAGAGAAGGUUCUCUCUGGUUAAAUUAUACGUAUUUAUUUUUGAGAAUGAGACAAAAUCCAAUGAAUUAUGGACUUUCAAUUGAGGAAGUUCAACUUGAUCCAACUUUAAUUGGUACAAGAAGAAGUCUCAUUGAAAAAGCUUGUAAGGUUCUUCAAGAAAGCAAAAUGAUUAUCUAUGAUGAGAAGACAGGGGUGGUUUCAGCAACCGAUUUGGGACGUAUUGCUUCUCAUUACUAUAUUCACUAUGAAACAAUCCAACUCUAUAACGAAAAGUUACACGCUAAUUUAUCAGAGUCUGAUGUUUUACAAAUUGUUGCAAGUGCUAGAGAAUUCAAAAAUAUCAAAGUUAGAGAAGAUGAAAGUGAUGAACUGUUACAAUUGUGUACAGAUGCUCCUGUUAAGGUUAAAGGAUUGGAAGACUACACUGGAAAGGUUAAUGUGUUGAUACAAAGUUACAUUUCUCAUGUGAAGAUCAAAAACUCUUCUUUGAUCUCUGAUUGUGCAUUCAUUGUCCAAAGUGUAGGAAGAAUUGUACGAUCUCUAUUCGAAAUUGCUGUUAAAGAAAGAUGGUCAUCAUUAAUGGACAAACUUUUAACUCUCACAAAAUGUAUCGAUAGAAGACAAUGGGUAUUUGAACAUCCUUUAAGACAAGUACCAAAAUUACCAUUUUAUACCAUUCAAAAACUUGAAAGUAAGAAUUUAACACUUUCAAGAUUGGUAGAAUAUGAAGAAUCAGAGUUGGAUCAGGUCAUCAAUGUUAAAGGAAUGGGAAGAGUGAUAAUGGAAGCCAUUGAUAAAUUCCCUAAUCUUGAUUUAGAAACAAACGUUCAACCAAUCACAAGAUCUGUAUUGAGAUUCCAAGUUAAAAUCAGACCAAACUUUAAUUGGGACAAAAAGUUGCACGGAGAAACUGAACCAUGGUGGAUUUGGGUGGAAGAUGAAAAUUCAGAAUAUGUUUAUCACUCUGAAUAUUUCCUCUUGAAACAAACAGAAUAUGAAAAGAUAAUGAAAGAAUCUAAAGGUGAAGAUGACGAUCCAUGUUUCACUCUGAACUUUGUGGUUCCAUUCAAAGAAGAUCCAAGACCCCUGUAUUUCAUCGUUCGAGCAGUUUCAGAUAAGUGGAUUAGUGCUGAAGCCCAAUUAACUAUUAAUAUUAAGGAUAUUAUUUUACCUGAAGGUUUUGCGCCAAGCACACCACUAUUGCCUCUUGAUCCACUUCCAGUGACUGCAUUGAAUAAUCCAGAAUAUGAAAGACUCUUUACAGACAAGGGAAUUAAGUAUUUCAACCCUGUUCAAACACAAAUAUUCCACAUGGCCUAUCAUACUGAUGAAAAUAUUUUGGUGGGUGCUCCAACGGGUUCAGGAAAGACUUCUAUUGCAGAGUUGUGUAUGAUGAGAUUGUUUACUUUGAAACCUCAAUCUAAAGUUAUUUAUAUUGCUCCAUUGAAAGCCCUGGUGAGAGAACGAUUGACUGAGUGGGAAAAGAAAUUUGUGCAAAAACUUGGAAAACGAAUGGUUGAAUUAACUGGUGAUUUCACUCCGGACGUCAAGCUAUUGAAACAAGCAGAUAUUGUCAUUACCACACCUGAAAAAUGGGAUGGUAUUUCUAGAAAUUGGCAAAAUAGAUCCUAUGUCAGAGAUGUUGGACUUAUUGUCAUGGAUGAAAUUCAUUUGCUUGGAAGUGAGAGAGGUGCAAUUCUUGAAGUUAUUACUUCACGUAUGAGAUAUAUUUCUUGGCACACUCAAACACCAAUUCGUAUGAUGGGUCUCAGUACCAAUAUGGCCAAUGCUACUGAUUUGGCUGAUUGGUUGGGUGUCACUCAAAGAGGUCUUUUCAACUUUAGAAGUUCUGUUAGACCUGUUCCUUUGCAAAUUAGCAUUUCUGGUUUUAGUGGAAAGAAUUAUUGUCCUCGUAUGAACUCGAUGAAUAAGCCUGCGUAUCAAGCAAUUUUAAGACAUUCUAACAACAAGCCAUGUCUUAUUUUCGUAUCUUCAAGAAGACAAACUAGAUUAACAGCUAUGGAUUUAAUUGCAUAUUGUACUGUUGAUGAAAAUCCUCAAAGAUUUUUGAACAUGAAUAAUGAUGAAUUGGUUCAAGUUUGUGAGUUAGCUCGUGACACAAAUCUCAAACAAUUUUUGACCUAUGGUAUUGGUAUCCAUCAUGCAGGUUUGACACCUUCGGAUAAGAAGCUUGUUGAAGAAUUGUUUUUGAAUGGUAAAAUUCAAGUCCUCAUUGCGACAGCAACUUUGGCUUGGGGUGUUAACUUGCCUGCUUACUUUGUCAUUAUUAAGGGAACCGAAUACUUUGAUCCAAAAACUAAACGAUAUGAGGACUAUCCACUUGUGGACGUCUUGCAAAUGGCAGGUCGUUCCGGACGCCCAGGAUUUGACGAAGAAGGAAGAGUAUUUAUCAUGGUUCAUGAUGUGAAAAAGAAUUUUUACAAGAGAUUCCUGUACGAGCCAUUCCCGAUCGAAUCAAGCUUACACACUCAAUUACAUGAUCACAUUAAUGCUGAAAUUGUUUCAGGAACCAUCAAGACAAAACAAGACUGUUUGGAUUAUUUGACAUGGACAUUUAUGUUCCGUCGUUUGGUCCAAAACCCAUUCUAUUAUGGUAUUGAAGAUUUGUCUUAUGAAGGUCUUAAUAAGUGGUUGUCCAACAAAAUUUCUGAAAUUAUUGAUGAUUUAGAAUUUGCUGGACUUGUAAAAGCUACCGAUUUAUCUGUGGAUAGGAAGAAACUUUUACAAGUGAUGACUACUGACAGCGGCAGUACAUUUGGUUCCAUGACAGCAGAGAAGGAAAAAUCUGAAAAAGAAAAACAAAAGAGAAAGGGUAUUUACUUGGAGCCUACUGCUACAGGUAUUAUUGCCAGUUACUAUUAUUUGUCAUAUAGAACUGCCUCUCAUUUCAAUAGACUGAUUCGACCUGAUUCUAGUGUUAAUUAUUUGUUGGAAUUGCUUUGUGAAGCAAAAGAGUUUGCUGAAAUUCCAGUUCGACACAAUGAAGAUAAGUUAAACAAGGAAUUGAGCGAGGUGAUACCAUUAGGAACUUAUUUAUAUGACUUUGAAUCACCUCACGUGAAAUGUUAUUUGUUAUUGCAAGCUCACUUUGAAAGAGUUAAAUUACCAAUUGUGGAUUAUAUUACAGAUACUAGAACUGUGUUAGAUUCCACAAUCCGUAUUGCACAAGCGUAUAUUGACAUCUGUGCUGAGAAGGGUUAUUUACAAGCAUCUUUGAACAUGAUGCAUAUUUUACAAAUGAUCAUGCAAGCAAGAUGGGAAAAAGACUCAACAUUGUUCCAAUUAUUUAGUAGCUUACCAUGUCCACGUGAGAAUUCUAACACAAAUGACGAGGUUUAUCAACUUGUCGAGUUAUUGAGAAAUAAGGAAAAUAUUACUGAAUUGAAACAAUUACUUGACAUUAGAUAUUCUUCAAAGAAUGGAGAAAGCGCUCUACAACAACUACUUUCCAAGUACACGAAAAAGAAUAGCUUGGUGAACAAUAUUAUGAAAAUUAUUGACGAAUUUCCAUAUUUAACAGUUCGUGUGGAUCAAGUAUUGCAUGAUGAAGAGGAGCACAAGAUUGAAGUGAAUAUUGUUAUUGAAAGAAUUAGUAAGCCAAAAGAGCAAGCUUACACUCCCAUGUAUACCAAGCAGAAAGAUGAAGGAUUUUGGCUCAUUGUUUCUAAUCCAUCAAAUCAAGAACUUUUAGCAUUGAAGAGAGUGAGAGCCAACAAGAAGAUUAAUUCUACUGAAGUUUAUCUUCCAAUUACUGAGAAUGACAAGGAGUUGGAAAUGCGAGUGGUUUCUGAUUGCUAUUUGGGGUUGGAUACUACUGCUAAAUUCUUAUGCAAAAUUCAAACACAACAAAACACAAAGUAA